CUACUGGCCGAGAUAAAAUUCAAAUAUCACGUUUGUAUGAAUGUCAUGCGAAAUGAAUAUUUAUAGUUAACAUCACUUUAAAGUUAAAUAAGAUAAUUGGCUAAGGUUUUUGUGUAGGUGACCAAAGCUUGCACAAUUUGAUGAAGCCUACAGUUUAAGGUCGAAUGAUUUGUGUGCACUUCUGACGCAUGUGAGGAGCACGAAACCAAUACAGUUCGAAUACAGAAACGAUACUCGUAGUGUUGUGUGUUGGACUUUGGUCUACUUCAAUUUCCUUCACACAGUCUACACUUAACACAACGCAGGGUAUUUCUUAUUUGUGGAUCACCAUCCACUGAUCUCAUUUAAAAUGGAUUGUUCAUUAUAAUUGUUACUCACAUACAGCUGUUCUGAGCUGUGACUUUUUCCAGAUGAUUUUGGUAAGUAAAUACAAUUUGAGCCAUGCUGACGAAAUAACUUGUACUACUAUUUGAACAGUCUUUGUGUCAUCUCUUAGAUUUGUGAUCUGACUAUAAUUCUUUUGCUUCGUAGACUUCCAACUCCGUGGCUUGAAGAUUUAAAGCAGCGUUUUCCCCAAUUGGGGAGUCCCUGCACCGCCCCCAGGGGAGUGCGAGGUUGCGUUUCAGGGAGUAACUUGGGAAGGUGUGUGGAGGGAGUGAUCCGCCCCGGGGGACACUUGUUUUCUUCGGCAUACUUCAGGGGGGGGGGGGUUGUUGUUGUUUUUGUCUUGGGGGUGAGUGACUUGAAAAAUAACUCUUUUAAGGCGAGGACCUGCGUUGUACCAUAGAAGGGGCUGCAUUGUACCAUAGAAGGGUCUGCGAUGUACCAUAGAAGGGUCUGCGUUAUACUAUAGAAGGUGGGGGACUCUUGUUUUCUUCGGUAGAGUUGGGGGGGGGGGGGUUGUUGUUGUUUUUGUCUUGGGGGUGAGUGACUUGAAAAAUAACUCUUUUAAGGCGAGGACCUGCGUUGUACCAUAGAAGGGUCUGCGUUGUACCAUAGAAGGGUCUGCGAUGUACCAUAGAAGGGUCUGCGUUGUACCAUAGAAGGGGCUGCGUUGUACCAUAGAAGGGUCUGCGUUGUACCAUAGAAGGGUCUGCGUUGUACCAUAGAAGGGGCUGCGUUGUACCAUAGAAGGGGCUGCGUUGUACUAUAUAGAAGGUUUGGAAACAAUGAAUUAGAGUUUUUAAAUGGUGAACUGUAUGACCACGACAGAUUCAAGUAGGGUAAUAAGAAAUAGAAGGCGAAAUGUGUAUGUGAUUUCUUGAAAUAGUAGAACAGGGUGUGUGUUCAAGUUAAAGCUCGAAUCAAAAGACAUGACAAUAAGAUGUGAAUGUUUCGAUUAGACUUAGAGACUUUUUCAGCGAACUGGACAUCACAUAACUUGAAUUCAGUCCUUCAAUUAUUAUGAGAUUUCUUGCUUGUAAAAAAAGAAAUAACUUUAUUUUAGAAAAUAAAAGAAAUAUCAUUACUUGAUGACUGAAAUAAGAUUUGUUACCGCAUUGCAUGUUGUUCCUUAACAAAAAUAAUUAAGGAAUUGUUACUAAUGUAGUUAGUUGUUGAGGCUAACCUUGAAAGGCUAAACUAAUGUAGUUAGUUGUUGACGCUAACCUUGAAAAGCUCAUUAAUGUAGUAAGUUAUUGAGGCUAACAUCGAAAGGCUAAAUGAGUCGAAAACAAUGUUCUGCAGCAGAGGUCCCCAACUUUUUUAAGCAACAGGACUGGUUUUUGUGGAAGAAAAAUUUGCCACGGACCGUGGAGGAAAUGUUUUGAGUUUGAUUCACGUGCAACAAACGCGCUCUCUCAUUGCCACGGUGCGGCCCAGUUCCUUCUUGUCUGGGGCGCUAUGUGUAAGGACCCCUGAUCUACAUCUCCUACUCCAGAGUAGAAUGAGAAUGACGCUCUUAGUAAUUGUUUGUAUUCCCUAUGAAACUAUAAGUAAAUAAAAUCAUCAACUAUCAUUUCCCUGCCUGCUUCAAAGUUUUACAUGAAAUCCGGAAAAUGAUACCUAUUAUAAUAUAAUAAUGCAUAUACACAGCGAUUUUAGAACGCAUCCGAACGGCGUACCGCACAUUUUUUCGACGGAUUCUCCAAGUAUCCUGACAAUUUUGUGUUUGGUCCACGUGCACUUGACUUUGAAUCGACCUGUCCAGCGGCCAGCGGGGCUCUAGAAACAUGAAACAAUGCAUGCAGGAUGCUUCGUGGGGAAAAUAUUUUAAAAAGUGUGUGUGUGGGGGGGUGGGGGGAGCUUGGCUCGCCCCGGGUGGACACUAACACUAGCUUGGCUCGCCCCGGGUGGACACUAACACUAGCUUGGCUCGCCCCGGGUGGACGCUAACACUAGCUUGGCUCGCCCCGGGUGGACACUAACACUAGCUUGGCUCGCCCCGGGUGGACGCUAACACUAGCUUGGCUCGCCCCUGGUGGACACUAACACUAGCUUGGCUCGCCCCGGGUGGACACUAACACUAGCUUGGCUCGCCCCGGGUGGACACUUACACUAGCUUGGCUCACCCCGGGUGGACACUAAUACUAGCUUGGCUCGCCCCGGGUGGACACUAACACUAGCUUGGCUCGCCCCGGGUGGACACUAACACUAGCUACGCCACUGCGUGUGAACGGUCAAUAAUUUCUUUAUUAAAAAUAAUCGUUGGUAAGGUGGCAACUAGAAUGCUCUGAAUGACUCUCAACCACCUUUUCUUUGAAUAAAGAGGCCAGAGUGUUGACCAUACACAACAGAACACACGGAAAUAACGAUGCCUGUUAUUUCUGAAUCUGAUCUUCAAAGCCAAACUUCCAAUUGAUUAAUGACCUAAGACUAAGAUUAAACAAUCUAUAUAUAUAAUUCGCCAACAAAGGUCAAACAAAGACGGGAUAAACACCAAGCAGGCUAUUUUUAGAUACGCCAGAGCGUGGUUCAAUAAUGAGUUCAAUAGCGCGCAAAAUAUAAUUCCCGAUAACUACGCUAAAUGAUGUAUAUCUAUUCUUAAUAACGCAAUUGCGUUUGGUGCGUAAUAUUUUCUUUUCGGAAAUGAAAUCGUCUCAAUUUAAGUAUUGUGUCAAAAAUAUUCGGUUUAAAAGUGGUUGGGACAUGAGAAUAUUAAUAUAGUUCAUGGGCGUGAAAUAAAAAGUGUGCAGCGGAGUAUCAUGGGGGGAAGGGGUGUUGUAAAAAAAUUAGGAUUCUUAAAUGUGCGUUACUUGAGUUCAAGUUUUGUCAAGUAACUUUAGUGUAUGAUUGGAAGUUCACGCUCUGCUGCCGCAAAAGUUUAGCCGGUUAUAUCACAGUUGUAUCCUUAAACCCACCCGAUUAGGACAACUGUGUCUUCACAAAGUCUUCACUCACCUAUAAGCAAUUCCCUGCGGCGUAGGCUACGCCGCGGGCCGACUAGUUUUAAUUAUUUUUUUUAAAUAUAUAAGUGGCCUUUUAUGAAAGACGUCCCGCUAUUUUAGCAGAUUUUUGGAACCCCCCCCCCCCUUUUCCCUUAACGUCACAAAUGUGUCAGAUGAUUAAGACACCCUCAGAAUAGUUCGUCACCAAAUAGUGAAUCCCCCCUCCUCCCGAUUCGUAACAUCAUAAUGGAUGCGCCCUUCAUAUUAACCAGAUGUGAAUACUGGCAACACAAAAUUAGGAGUUUUAUGUGACGUCAUGUUGACAAUAAAUGACACGGGUGGUGUUUGGGAGGAGGGCGGUUAAACCAGGGAAAGGGGAUCCACAAAAAGAGUUGAAAAUGACAUGACGUCAUACCAUGACAUUAUAUUAUAACCAGGACCAUUCAAAAUGCGCAUUUCUUUGUAAACAUUCCACAGAAUGUUGGAUGAAGCUAGUGUGACAGAAAUGGAUAGAUUUCGUUCGUUAGGCCACUCAGCUUUUGUUGUGGGCUACACUGGAGAAGUCGGGAAGGUUCUUGUUGACGAACUCAACAAACAGAAGAUCUUCCAACGUGUGGUAUUGAUAGGACGAAGGGAAGUGGCACUUGAUGUGGGACAAGAGUUUGUAAGUUUUUCUGUUCCAUUGUGGAAAAUGUAUAUUUAAUUUUUGGCUUUUUUUUUUUAAAUUUUGAAGCGAAGAAAAUAAUUAAGGUAUAUCAGUCAUCAAUGAAUAUCGCUCAAUGUCACCCAAAUCAACAAGUUUGAACAAAAGAAUGCUUGCCUUUAAAUGGCUUUUCAUUUUUAAGAUGUUACUGACCAUGCCAUCAGCAUUGCAACUCCAUUAUUUCCCUUUAUCAGGUUACAGUAGAGGGAUCCAGGUUUUUCCUCCAUUUUAUUUGAAUUCCUUGUUAGCAAAUUUUUAUGUUACCAAAAUGAUUGAUAUUUAGUGAUAUCACAUUUAUAGAAGUGCUUGUCAUAGUAGUACAAGUCUUUAGUAAUUUCUCACUAAUAUUACCAACCUAGUCAAACUUAUAACUUACACCUAAAGUAACUUAUAGUUGUAUACUUAUAAUUAUAAUAACGACAAUAAAGUAUACUAAGUAACAAGAUAUUAAUUAUAAUAAGUUAAUUACAGGGAUACGGCUCUUACUUUUACCCUGCCUUAUAUUUGAAUUUAAUGAAAAUCGCGUGUGAUUGUCAAUUGUUAACUACCCGGUAUCUUUAAAAAUAUUUUUUAUAAAUAAAGUUAAUCUAUUUAAACGUCAUUGAAUCAUGGCAGUCAUUCACCAUCCAAUUUAAAAGAAAAUAAUAAUGUAGGCCAAUAUUGAUUGCUGUCACUGUUGCAUGUUUACAGGAACAGAAAGUUGUGGACUUUGACAAAAUACAUGAGCACAAAGAAAUUUUUAAUGGCCUUGACACAGGAUUUUGUUGUCUGGGUACAACCAGGGGCAAGUCGGGCAGGGUGAGUUUAGGCCUAAAUAACGUUGAAUUCUAACUGAGACUGAGAUUUAUAAUAAUAAUAAUUACUUAAAAUUAAAGAUUUAAAAAAUUUGAUUUAAAAAAUAGUAUCUUGUUUUCAAACAUGCUUGACAAAAUUUCUGCCAGAUAUUCAUCCAAAAAGUAAAAGAUGAACACAUUUGUUAGCAUAUUUUUAGCAUCAAAAAUUCCAAAACGCUUUUUUUGUUUAAGAAAUUGCUUACUUAGGCUUAUAAUUGUACUAUCAUAGCACACAACCCAAUUCGUCAAUUACAAAAAUGGCUCAUAAAUAGGAUAUCAAACAUAACAAAUAUUUGUUGGUACCCAUUGGCAGCUUAGCCAUUUUAAGAUUUUUUUAAUAUCAAGUUUGGCGAUAUGUCUAGGAGAAAUAACCAGCUAUUUUAUAUCAAGAAAAAAGCUACCCCCUGUUUGCAUAUUUUUAAAAUUGGAAAUUCUAAACUCACAGAUAAGCGUGCAUCAUAUAAAUAUUAAAAUGAUUAAAUUAUUAAAUUUGGCUCACAUUGGAAUCUCAUAAAAAUUAGUAAUGUAAAUUUUAUAUCUUUUCCUCACAAAAUAUAGCCCAGAGCUUUUUAACUAAUUAAAAGUAGUGCUGGCAAAACUAAAAAAAAAUUGAUAUAAAAAAAACAAGAUAUUGGAAAACCCCUUAUUAUAAUAUCAAAAAGGGAAGGAUAGGGAAUCAUUUUCAACAUGAUGGCGGCAGCCCUAGAAAAUUUGUGAAUAGAUGAGAAAAAAUAAAUGGUUGCACAGUUAAGAUUACAUUAAUCUUAAGCUUAAGCCUUAGGGUAUUUAUAUUGUAUUUUAAAUUAUAGCUAAUUUUGAGUUGUUCUAAUUUAUAAUGCAGUGAAAUAAGACAAGUCAAUAUGUUUGUAAUGAGAAAGCUUGUAAGACAAUGCAUUUUUUGUUUCACAUGACUCUCUCACUAUUGAAAAACCUGAUAAAAACGGAUUGCAGAGCAGUGGCAUGACAUUUUGUAGGUAGGGAGGGGGAGGGUAAUAAAUUAUUUACUAUAUAUUUUUAAUGGAAAUAUUCCAUGAUAGGACGGUUUUAUCACAAUUGACAGUGAUUAUUCCAUGGCAGGAUGGUUUUAUCAGAGUUGACCGUGACUAUGUGUUGAACACAGCAGAAGUCGCCAAGUCUCAGGGAUGCAAGCAUUUUUCCUUAGUGUCCAGUAUGGGAGCUGAUAAGAACAGCUGUUUGCUCUACCCAAAGAUUAAGGUAAGUUCAAGAGUGUUGUGGUUCAACAGAUGGGUAGUCACAAUGAGUGGGUCUUUAAUUUCCUCAGAGAACACUAUUUUUAUCAUCUCAAUUUUACCUGUAAUUUCUUGCGUUAACCCACAUUUUCAUAUGCAUGGAUCUUCAACAAAAUCUUUACAGUUUUAUAUUAAAUCUUUCACUAACCAAUCUUUCACUAACCAAUCUUUCACUAACCAAUCUUCCACUAACCAAUCUUUCACUAACAAAUCUUUCACUAACCAAUGUUUCAGUAACCAAUCUUUCUUUAACCAAUAUUUGAUUAACCAAUCUUACAGUAAUCAAUCUUUCAUUAACCAAUCUUCCAGUAACCAGUAAGCAAUAUAUUAACAUGACUCCUGAUACAGUUUUUCAAUAUGAGGGUUUGAAUUAAUUGUGAACACGUAAAUUCAACUACAAAAAUUUUCUUAUUUACUUUCCUAUUCAGGGUGAAGUAGAGGCUACUCUAGCAGACAUGAAAUUUGAACGUUUCUCUAUAUUCAGGCCAGGGUAAGUAAGUGAGACUAGGUAAAUUUUAACAUAUGCAAUGGCAUAAAAAUAUAUUGAGUACAGGUACCUUUAAAAAAUAUUUGGUAAGUCAUUUAACAUUCUAGAAUCUCAGAUUUCUCUUACGUACCCAAUGCUAAAAAUCUCUAUCUGUUCUCAGGAUGCUUCUCUGUGACAGAACAGAGAGGAGGACUAUGGAAAAAGUUAGUAUUGCUCUACUUAAACCAAUCACAAGUUGUUUCCCAACAUUGCUCUCUGCUCCCGUAAGGACAGUGGCCAAGGCGAUGAUCAACAAUGUCAUAACUCCUACUGAUAGUUCUCUCCCUGAGCUCUAUGAAAACAAACCCAUUCAUCAGUUGGCCGAAGGAAUCGUUCAUCAAUCAAAACCUAAAAGAAGUUAAAACUGUUGCUUGAUGAGGAAAAAAAACAUUGAUUUCAUAACAAAUUUUUGCCUUGACUUUUUUGUAAUGAAGUCCAUGACUGUUCAUUAAAUGAAGUUGAAUGUUGCAAAUAUAUCACUGAUUUUAGUGCUAAGUAAAAUUGCAUCACUGCUAUAGUAUGGCUGUGACACAAUUUGAAGAAAUCAUUUCAAAGUUAUUUAUUAAAUUUGUCUUUGUUACAAAUUAUUGAUGUGAUUAUUUACAAGAUCUCAUAAUUUUAAAAAAUGUUCAUAUCAAAUGGCUUAAAUAACAUGCUAAAGCUUUUUUGUUUGUUUGAUAUAUUCUUACAAUUCUACACUUUUUAACAGUGAUUUCAAGUGCCAAUAUAAAUUUUAGAUAAAUAUACAUUUGUUAAUGUUGUUGUUGAGAAAGGUAACAAGUUGCCAAUGUCAUAACCAAGGAUCAGCAAAGCAAAUGAAGCAUUUUCAUUUAGAAUGCUGAAAUCCUUAUGGAUAUCAAGUAGUCUGGGCAUCCACACCGAGACCAGAAAAUUCAAAGACAUUUCUGGAGUGUUCUCCUCUACAGAUGUGCUGGAUGCCCACAAGCUAAUCACAACGGAAGUUUUCCAGACCUAAGACUUACACAGGAUUCAUAUAACCUGUUGCCAAGUGACAAUCUACUAUGAAGAACUGAGAUGCCCAUCAUUCAAAUUCCUUGAUCAUGUUUGUUGACUGUCAACACUCACUUAAGACAUCUCUUAGAUGGGCAUUCAAGGGAAAAUAAAACCAUAAAAGAGCCAUAGAAUAUAUCAGAACAACAAGUGGAAUAGAAGUCUGACACUGGUAUCAGCUUCUACGAAGGCAGCUGAUAUACAGAUGGAGCUUUCCUUGGUCUCUGUUUCAAGCAACGCUCAGGGAGGAAGAUUGUAUGAAUGAAUUAAAUGGCAAAGGUUUGAAUUAGUUUCUCCCAGGACACUUCUCCAAAAAGUAUUUACAUGAGACAUAAAUUGUGCAACAUAAAUUGUGCAGUGUCAAUAUUUAUAAACCAGAAGCAAGGAAUUUGAAAUGUGUUUGUAAAAAUUAGCAAUGAUUUCAAAAUAUUCCAUUUAUCUGACUUUACAUAUCAUUUUAUCAAGAGCUACUUACCUUUUAAUUUUAAUGUAAACAGCUAGUAUUUAAACAAGUAAAUAAGAAACUAGAGAAUUGGAUUUCAUUCAACUUAAGUUUAGUUGUAUUGUUCUUUUAUGUAAACAGAAUGGUUUAAAAACUAUAAGGCCUUUUAGAAAAAAUUUGCAAUCAAGUACUUUUGUUGGUAAAAUUAUUUUGUAUGUGUUAAAUAGCAAGCAGUUCAAUUAAAAAAAAUCAAAGUGA